AUGCUCACCGUCGCCGAGGUGUCCGGCCUCAUCGCCGCAGCAGUCAUGAUAGUCCAGUAUGGGCUCCCCGCUGCCUUAGUGGUGAUUUUGGUGAAAUAUGUCGGGACUGAGAACACCGCCGUGACAUGGUCUGUUGUCAAUCGCACCAUCUCUACGACCAUCUGGCCACACCUUCUUCGCACAGACGCUGCCAACACACGCCAGGUUCCCACGAGAGUCCAGAUCCCGAGCUGGGCUGCAACAGCCGGUGCCGCUUUGUUGGUUCUAGCUAGCGUGGUCACACCCCUCGGACUACACGAUGAGAUCGUGCCGGGCGAAUCCACGCUGGUCGAAUUCCAAUAUGUAAAGGAUCCAGGUCCCUGGGGAAGGGUCACCAUGCCUCGCCCAAACGCCCAGUUCUCUCGCCAGUGUGAAGUGGGCACGGUGAUCAAUUGUCCAGGGCAGUACCAAGGCGUAUACAUGGCCGAAACAGAGCCUGGCGUGUGGCGAAGUUUGGAGACGGACGAAAAUUCCACCAUUAACAUCACGAUCCCGGAGAACUUCACCACCAUGUUUACCAGCGCCACUGCCGACCAAGGGAAUACGGUGUCUGGCCUGUUUGAUAUCCAAUAUCGUCGCUGGAAGUUCAAUCAGGACGGACUCAUAAACAAGGGCCAGCCCUACGUCAGAGGCGACAGCCGUACUAUCGGAACUCUGAUCACACAGGAGCGGAUCCUGCUCACAGAAGGACUCAUCGUCGAUAUGAGGGACAAUCCGGGAAUUGGAUUUAGGAACCACACAAUACCUGUGGGGCUGGAGCACGGAGGAACCUGGACCGAAGACAUCACCUGGAUCGAGCCCGUGACGAAGUGUGCUGACACCAACUUGUCCAUCGAACUGAGGAUCGAGAAUACCGUCGACGACUUUUCUAAUCAAAAUACGUUCUCGAUUAUCGAUAGAGGUGCUUUCUUCGGCCUUGAUGUCACGGCGCUUGAGUCACGAGCCUGGAUUGACAAUCAAACGCUUGAUCUGUUCGGCCGUGCGCACAAGGCAGCCCGCAUGCACAACGUACUUGUGGCUUCCAGUCUCAACAUCUCUCUCCCCCUGGACCAGAGUACAGAGCCGUUGCCCAAGAUCCCGGUAACGGACACUGGCAGUGCGUCGCCAGAUAUGUUCAGUAUAUCAAGCUUCGAUACGAUUGUGCUUGAUCAGAUGAGGGGUGUUGGUGGCGCACCGCCCGAAGUCCCCGAGUAUUCUGGAGGGAACACAUCUAUCCCUUUCGUAAACCACUAUCCCGACGGCUUCAAGAAACUUCUGGCGUUGAACUACUCGGCUAUCGCCCAAAUAUGCAGGGGUUACUAUGAGAUCGGGGCCACAGACAACGACUGGCGGGCCAACAACAUCACCUACCCGGCCGUGCAAUGCGGCGCCGUGCUCGGAACUCCCCUGCAGCCACCGAACCAAAACAUCUCCGCCUCAACCUACACCGGCAUCGAGACCUACCAGAAGAACCUGUACAUAUGCGCGUCGGCCGUCCGCGCCAGCAUCAAGACCGUCACAUUCCGCUACAAUGGCACGGGCACACUGUUCGGCAAUCUCGAGGCCGUGCACAUCGCGGACAAGGUCUACGCUGACGAAAUGUCCAAACCGCUCUGGGCGGCCGAGCACAGCUACGACCGCGCCAUGCGGUUCGACCCCCUCUGGGGCAUCGUCGACAACCGCUACCAUACAAUGGGCUACAAAGACGGUUUCUACACGCUUCACGCCGAGAAGCUCUGGCUCCCCACCAGCCCCUUUCUCACGGGCAACUUCGGCGAGUCUGAAGGCUACGACGCCCUGGCCGCAGCCUCGGGAUUUACGCGCCGGCUCGGAAACUUGUACGGUGGCCUCUCGGACCUGGGCGGCCCAGAUUACAGCGGCCAACACGACUACACGCUGCUGGAGCGCUACCAGCGGCUGUCGCACAACGCGACCACCGCCGCGCAGAUCCCCAGCUUGAAGAUGACGGACGGGCUCGCCGCGGGGCUGGUCGGCACCAAGACGUCCAUCUCCACAAAGUACGUCGCCUGGCCCGCCAGUCUGGCCGUCGACGACCCGGCGAGCGGGAUCCCCCGCGCAAGCGUCGUCGAGUACAGGCGCGUCAUUCGCUACGACAUCCGGUAUGCGAUCCCCGCGUUCGUCAUGCUCGCGCUGUUGCUCGUCGCUCUCGUGUGGGCGGUCGCGAUCCUCUGCUCGUCCCGCCACAUCCUCCGUACCCUGCGAAACAUGUACAACCAGACCAGCACGGGCCGGCUUGCGGUAAAUACACUCCGUCCCGGCCAGGGCGACCCGCAGCAAUCGUCGCGUGAGUGGGUGCGGCAGGAUGGAGCCCUCGCGUUGAGAUUCGGCCAAAUCAAUGUGCCAGGGGGUGAUGAUUUCUGCACUGUCGUCGGUGGGUGCGAUGAUGCGAAAGCCGAUUUCUGCCCAAAGAGUGAGUCGUGUCAGCGAGCGUACGAUGGUGGUAAUUCGGCUCCACGCCGUCCCAGUAGCGACAUCCCGCCUGGGGAAAAGAAAGGAAUCGCCGAGACAUCGAUUACGGUCAUUCCAAAGCAAGAAAGUAUUGGUGCGUGA